AUGUCGCUUGAAACAUGCCCAACAGAAAUCCUGCAGGAAGUCGGCGAAUACGCCUCACUCCCCGCCCUGAACGCCCUAACCCGCACCAACCGCCUCUUCCACUCAAUCUUCGACCCGCUACCCUACAUCCAUGAUGCCCGGCGCGCGCGCGGCCAACCUGCCAGUGCCGGAGGUGCACCUGCACUCCGCUGGGCAGCGAGGCAUGGCCUGCUGCGCACGCUGCAGCAAUCUCUCCAGGGCGGCUCGGAGGUUCCUCCUCGCGCUCCCUUGAUGCGCUGCGCUCCAGGUCUUCUGGAACGGACCGUUUACGGCCUUAUGGCCACCAAGCGGUUUGUGGAACCGGUGCCGCCGGCGCAUCCGCUAUGCCUGGUGGUUCAGGGCGGGCACACGGACGUUGUUGAGUUCCUCCUAGAUCAGAAAGGGUGUGAUGUGGAUAUGGUCGAUCCCGAGAGAUUCUCGCUGCUCGAGCUGGCCGUUAUCCAUGGACACGUGCAUCUGGUCGAGGGGUUACUGUGUAGGGGUGCGAGUCAGCUACUGCGGCCGUUGGUUAAUGGGUGCCCGAUUCAGGUUGCCGUCAAGUUGGAGAAAUUGGAUAUGGUGCGCCUCCUUUGGGAGCAAGGCCAGUAA